ACUGUCACUUACGUUAAACUUCGGGUCAAACUAGGGUAUUAACCAAUUUUAGGCCAACAAACAUAACAUAUACGUGCUCAUCUCUUGAAUUCCUCGUCUUCAUAUUUAGUAGGAUUGGGCCCCAAAUUGUUGGGUGUGAAAAUUAACUAACACGGGCCUACACAGUCAAUAUUAAGCAAGAGACUGGGCCAGAACUGGGUGACGAGACAAAAAUCGGCCUCCAAUAGUUGGGCAGUGUAAUUACCAAUGUGGGUCUCCGAAAAUUGCUCUUUAACCUGCAAUUUUAAAAUCCUUAAUAACGGCUUCUAACUCCAUUACUCCACCAUAAUAUAUUUGUAGGGUUAAAGACACGUUUAUCACUGAGAUUAUAAAAUCGGGACAUGUUUAGUCACUAGGAAAAAUUAAUAUCAAAUUUGAUCACUACAAUUACUAAAACUGGACACAUUUAGUCACUCGCCGUUAGUCUCCGUCCAACUCCGUUAAUGAAGUCCGUUAAGUGAUGAUGUGGCAAACAGAAAUGCCUAAUCAGCCGGAUAUAACCCAACAAAAAUAAAACCCGACCCGCCACGUCAUUAUAACCCGCCACGUCAUUAAAACCAACCCAACCCAACCCAUGACCCAACCCCACCCAACCCUUCUUCCUCCUUCUUUCCCCAAAAUCACCGCCGCCGCUCUCCUCCUUCCUCCCACCUCCUCCCGCAAAACAGUCCGAGUGGGAGGUAGAAUUCCCGGGCUUGAUUUGGCCGUACCGCGGAUGCUCCGCCCUUCUCAAUUCCCGUCCCGCGUCUCGUUUCCCGCCCCCGCCAAACCUCCUCUUCGCUUCCGAGUCUUGGCCAUGGCUGUCAAGAGGAGCCCCAAGCGUCUCAAAUACUCCGCUCCUCGCUUCACCAAGGAGGGUGGGUUGGUUUAUGUGGAAGUUGAUCCUAGUGGAGAGGAUAGCUGGAAAAUGGAUCCCAUCGUUGAGCUUCUGAAGCAGGGCGCUGUUGGGGUCAUUCCCACUGAUACUGUGUACGAUUUCAGCAGUUUUGCUUUCCUUGCGAUCGGUAGUAUCUCGUUCAAUUUAAUUAGGGAGGCUGGAGUGGUGGGAGACGAUGGCCCGGCCGCUCUCGCUGCAGAGAACAGGGUGUUUGAUGUUCUUCCUGUCGUAGACGAAUUUCACCGCCUGGACGACGGCGAGAGCGUACUCUCCGAGACCGUAGGCGACGGAGAGAUCCGAAUCACCGGAUUUGGAGCCGUCGUAGUCGAUUCCAAGCCCACCGCCGAUGUCAAGGACUUGCAUGUUGGCGCCGAGACGAACCAGUUCAGAAUAGAUAUGGGCAGCUUCGCCGACCCCAUCGGCGAGCAAGCCGGUGGAUGGGAUCUGAGAUCCGAUGUGAAAAUGCAGGAGCUGGAAGCAAUCAAGCAUUCCGACCUCCUGCAAACCACACUGAACUAGUCGUCUUCCGCGGCAGCUGGAAAGUUGAGAUCCAAAAAACUGUACUUCUUCCUGUCAAUUUUCGCAGCCGUGGAGGUUUUGGGGAAAGAAGGAGGUGAGAUGGAGGAGGAAGAAGGGUUGGGUGGGGUUGGGUCAUGGGUUGGGUUGGGUGGGGUUGGUUAUAAUGACGUAGCGGGUCGGGUUUUAUUUUUGUUGGGUUAUAUCCGGCUGAUUAGGCAUUUCUGUUUGCCACAUCAUCACUUAACGGACUUCAUUAACGGAGUUGGACGGAGACUAACGGCGAGUGACUAAAUGUGUCCAGUUUUAAUAAUUGUAAUGACCAAAUUUGAUAUUAAAUUUUUCUAGUGACUAAACAUGUCCCGAUUUUGUAAUCUCAGUGACCAAAUAUGUCUUUAACCCUAUAUUUGUAAUAUAUCUUGUAGAUUAAUUCUACCAACGUAAUGGGCUGUUUAUUAUUUAAAAAAACCCCGUAAUGGCCUUUUGGGCUUUUCAGGGCCGAGCCCGCCACAUCCCGAUGACCUUUUCUUAGAAUGAGUCAUUCUCGCGAGUCUCCAAGUCAUUAUAUGUAUUCGAACGUGGCAGACAUUAAAUAUGACGUGGAGGUGGUGGACCAAGUACCAAUGACCAAGCCCUUGAUAAUAAUAAUAAUAAUAAUAAUAAUAAUAAUAAUAAUAAUUUGUCCUUUCGGUAAAAAACACAAUAACUGGUGUAAAUUGCU